UAGAGGGGGAAGUGAGCCAGGCGGGAGGGAAUUACUGUGUUCUCUGCCGCCGCCGAGCUCCGAUCGCGCUGUGCUCGCUGCCUCCCGCUCCGCGACUCCGGCAUCCCGGGUGCCGGGCAAGAAGUAGUGUGACUCGCUUCCAAAGUCUCGAUGGGCUUGGGAUGGAGCGGCGCCGCCUGAGCUCUAAGAAGCCCACGCCGGCUGUCGUCGCUGCUGCUGCUUCUGCCGCCGCUCCUGCUGCUGCUGCAGGGAGGCCGGUUCCUCUCCCUCCUCCCCUCCUGGUGGAUCUAGUGCCUGGCGGGCGUUUGGGAGCGAUGGGCAGCCGCCGGCAAGUCGGAGGGCUGUCCAGCGAGCCUUUCGCGUCGCCUUAGCGGCUCUUCGCAUCCGGCCUCCUCCUGCUCCAUCAGCACCUCCUGGAGCCGCACCGGCGGCGCAGGGGAAGCCAAGCUUAGCCGGGCGAUUGCGCACGCCGGAAGAGUUAAGCUGCUGCUGGGCAUCCCUAAAAGGCGCAAUGCACUUUCCCGGCGAUCAGCAGCCCCUUAAAGUUUGCUCGUUGCCCUGCCUCUGCCUCCGCUCCUCGCCUGGCGCCUGGGCUGCUGCAGAGCGGAAACUCGGCAGGCUUGGGGAGGGACUGAGUAGUAGCAGCUUGCCCCCUUCCCUUCCUGGGAUGAUGCCUUAACUUGGUGCAAGGGAGUUCCCUCCUCCUCUCCCCCCCCCGCUUCCUUGACUGGCGCUUGGCUGGGCAUCUGCAGGCGAGCGAGAAUUGGGAAGCCUCCACCUCGGGCUGGAUCGCUGCUUCAGUCCUGCGAAGAAAGGAAAUCGGUCGAGCUAUGAAAGGUAGGGAGGAAAGCAACUUCUGAGCUUGGGGGAAACGGCAGCAGGAGGCGCCCAUGUUAAGCAGGGCACGGCGGGCAUCCUGGAGAGCUGCAAGGGGCUGCCCCGAAGGAAGGCUGGCGGUGGCCUCCUGGAGAGACUGGAAGAUGCCCUCUUUGCCUGCGGGAACGUCCUGGGGCAUCUGGACUGGUAGCAGCUUAGCACACCAAAGCAUUGGCCUGUGAUGAGCAACAGUUGGCAGGACUGGUCUCCAGCCCGCCAGCAUGAAGGUUUUCCGCAGGAAGGCGCUGGUGCUCUGCUUGGGCUACGUGCUGCUGCUGCUGCUGACCAUGCUCAACUUGCUGGACUACAAGUGGCACAAAGGGCCGCAGCAAUGCAGCGAGCCUGUGUCUGCCCGGCGCACUCCCUACCCGCAGCAGCUGCCUUAUUAUGCCCACCAGUCCCGAUCGGACACCCGUGCCCUCUACGGCCCCCCUGUGCCCUUUGCCCGCAAGCGGCAGCUGGUCUACGUUUUCACCACCUGGCGUUCAGGAUCAUCCUUCUUUGGGGAGCUCUUCAACCAGAAUCCAGAGGUCUUCUUUCUCUAUGAGCCAGUGUGGCAUGUGUGGCAGAAGCUGUAUCCAGGCGAUGCAGUCUCCCUGCAAGGGGCGGCCAGGGACAUGUUGAGCUCUCUCUACCGCUGUGACCUCUCCGUCUUCCAGCUCUAUAGCACAGCAGGGGCUGGAAAGAACCUCACCACCUUGGGCAUCUUUGGAGCGGCCACCAACAAGGUGAUUUGCUCCUCGCCACUUUGCCCAGCCUACCGCAAAGAAGUGGUGGGCAUGGUGGAUGACAAGGUGUGCAAGAAGUGUCCACCGCAGCAACUCAGCCUCUUCCAGGAAGAGUGCCUCAAGUACCACACACUGGUCAUCAAGGGCGUGCGGGUCUUUGAUCUUGGAGUGCUGGCGCCACUCAUGCAGGACCCAUCUUUAGCUCUCAAAGUCAUCCACCUGGUCCGGGACCCUCGAGCAGUGGCUAGUUCCAGGAUCAAGUCCCGCCAUGGGCUCAUCCGGGAGAGCCUGCAGGUAGUGAGGAGCAGGGACCCCCGCAUCCAUCGCAUGCCCUUCCUGGAUGCAGGGCACAAGCUGAACAGCAAGAAAGAAGGGGGAGGGGGCUCAGACUACCAUGCCUUAGGGGCUAUGGAGGUGAUCUGUGGUAGCAUGACAAAGACCCUGCAAACUGCCUUGCGCCCACCUGACUGGCUCAAGGGUAAUUACAUGGCUGUCCGCUAUGAGGACCUGGUGGUGGAUCCUAUCAAGACUUUGCGGCAAGUGUAUGGAUUUGUCAACUUGGUGGUGAGUCCAGAGAUGGAGAAGUUUGCCCUCAACAUGACCAGUGGCCCUGGGUACUCCUCCAAGCCCUUUGUGGUUUCUGCCAGGAAUGCUAGCCAGGCCGUAAAUGCCUGGAGGACAGCACUGAACUAUCAGCAAAUUAAGCAAGUUGAGGAGUAUUGCCACCAGCCCAUGGCCAUUCUGGGCUAUGACAGAGUCAGCAGCCCAGAAGAGGUAAAGGAUCUCAGCAAAACCUUGCUCAGGAAGCCAAGAUUGUGACUGGGCUGUACACUUACUACAGAAAGGAACUGAUUAAGAAACUGCUCUACAUGCAGACACUGCAUUUGUUUGAAAGAUAGGGGGAAUGUAACAUAUGGAUCUUCCUUAAAGACAUUUUUUUCAGGAAGACCAUUUGGAUCCUCCAAAGACUAUUAAGGAUCACACACAUCCAUGUUUUUGCAUUGCUGGACUAUCAAUAAUUCUCUCUCUCUCUCACACACACACACACACACACACACACACACACACACACACACUUCAGUGAGUAUUUCUAAGGCCUCUUUUCUCUCUGAAAGUGCAAGGCACGUAAUUUAGUAUGUAUCAGAAUCUUUGCAUACUUCUUGUUGUGAUGGUGAUCCUUCAACUUGCACAAUUGUUGAGGUAUUAUUGUGGGGGGAGGGGGACUGCAGAGUACUGAGUAUAAAUAAUUCAGAGGACUGGACUUUUGUAUACAUGUUUAAGUGUGAUAUUAAAGAAAUCAAUAAAAGAUGCUCAUUUUAUAAUGACUUAAUUGUUUGGGAGCUGUGCACAUCAAUUAUGCUAAUCUUAUCAAGGUAUAAUUGAAAUAGCUUGUAACAGCCACAGCAGUAGCUUUUUAUCAAUCUUAAAACAUUUUGCCUUUUUAGUAAUAUUGAUGUUUGGAGAUUAAUGUAAAAAUAUGUGGUGUACAAUUAUACUUAUUUCAGUUAUAGCAUGUAUAAAAAUGCAAACAGCCAUAUAGAGUUAAAAGAUAUUUUGGGGAUGAUAUUGUUAGAUACAUGUAAAAAAAAAGCAGUAACAAACUGCAGGGUCCAUAUAGAAAUUAUGAAAUAUAAACUGUUUCAGAUUGUU